GAUCAUGGCCCCGCGUAAAGCCAAUCAAGCCAAGGUGUUCUACACGGAGAGUCUGAUGGGUCGAGUGGAUUUGGUCAUGGCCUUGGCCCCCGUGCGCACUCAAUCCUUCGAGGAUUGGCCUUUUGACGAAUCGGAUUCACCUUGUCGACCCGACAAGAUGUCAGAAGCGGGCUUUUACUUCGUGGGCUAUUCAGAAGAGCCGGAUUUGGUGCGUUGUUACUAUUGUCGGCGUGAAUUAGGCGGAUGGGAGCCCAAUGACGACCCUUGGACUGAACACGCCCGGCGACCUUGCCCCUUCAUCAAAUUGGGCAAGAAACCUGAACAACUCACCGUGGAAGAUCUUUACCGACUCGAGGAUGAGCGACUAGCCCAUAUCUUUAUGACCCAAUGUGAGGCCAAAUUAGAGGAAUUAAAGGAGACGGGCAAAAGCGUUCGAGACAAAAUCAUUGGGCUGCCCAAUUCCACAACCAACGCCAAACAGACGCGAUCCAAGCGAAAACGCAAGUCAUUGUUGGCCUUCAAUUGAGCUUGUUUCAUCUUUGUCAAGGUCAAAAGAGCGAUAUCAUUGUCCAUGGCACUCUGAAGCUUCUCAUAUUCAUCAUCAAACGUGUGUAUCCGAUCCAGAAAUAUCUAUUGGACACAAUUCAUUAUUUACUCUUUAGGAACCUCGAUCCUUCCAAGCAAGCAAAUAUAUUAAUAAGUAAACA